AUGAAUAAUAAGAUAAGUUAUUUGUUAAAUACUGUUAGAUGCAUGCAUAGGUGCAAUUCUAUGCUCACUCCUAAAUCUUCAGCCACAACAAGAAAACACAUUUUGUGGAUUGGUAGAUCCAGGGAUCCCUUGGAAAAUGUGAACUUCAGAAAAUUAUUUUUAAAUAUUUUUCCCUCUCUGCACGGAUCUCUUCGACUUCUGUCUCAAAAGACAGAUGUUUUUAGCACGGGUGCUGAAAUGCAACCAGAGAAGAGUACAGAGGCUUUGGUGAGUGAGCAGGCUCUCCAGAGCUCCUUAGAACAUGAAAAGUUAGAUGAUUCUGGGAGCUUCAAAGUGAAGCAUGCAGUGGAUCAUAGUGAACCGUUCUUUAAUAAUCUCCAGAAAUGUACCUGUCCUUGCGACGUACUGGACUUGGCUUCAGAGUCUGCUGUUUCCCUUAAGCACUUCACAAACUGUGUAACUACUGUAUGGAGGCUCUUCAAAAACCUGUCUGAAGAGCAGCAGCGUUAUGAGAAGCAGCUGAUCUUUGAGCACCCAGCUUUUGUCAAGCUUUGUCAGCAGCUGCUGCGGGACUCUAGAAGGAUGACACGGGGUGACCUGGUGUUCUCUCUGCAUGCUGUGGUGAACCUAGGUGUUCCUCAGAACACUCUCCUAGUCCAGACUUUUCUGAGGGUGUGCCAAGAGAAGCUCAAUCAACUUGAUAACCGGUGUCUCUCAGUUUUGGCAACUACUUUAGCAGGGCUGGAUAAAGACAAGAAUGUGAGCGCUCUUCAAGCUGGAUUACAAAUACUAGUGGAGCAGCGCAUUCCAAGUAUCAGAGACCUCUUUAUACUGCAAAACCUGAUGAAAUGCUUGGGAAAAGAUGCUCCAGUCUUUCUGAAAAAGAAAAUAGAGAUGGCAGUUUUGAAAGAGAGAGACCAUCUGACUUUCACAAAUGCUCUGCGUGUCUUUUUGGCUCUUGAUGCAAUGAAUUAUUGUUCCAUUCCAAUCCUGAAUGCCUGCAGUAAAAAGAUCCAGGAGAAUGUCCAUGAUGCUCCAUUUCGGCAGUUAAUUCUCCUUCUGGAAGCUUGUUACAAUCUCCAGUACCGUAAUGUAAAACUGUUUUCAGCAUUAGCAGACUAUGUUAAUUCUACUGCCUGCCUUUGGGACAAAAGACAG